GGUAUUGGGUGGAGCCAAUCGGAUCCUAGGGGGCGGAGCAACGCGAAUAUCAAAACCAAUAGGAAGUAUCAGCUCCUGCAAUGGCGGAGACGGUGAAUUCCUGCACCAGCAGCGACUCGGAAACAGAAGGGACCCCCAGGAAGCCCCUUCACAAGCGCCGCCGCCUUUUCACAGAUAUCCCCGUCGUCCCUGUCUAUUCGAACAAGGUUCAGAACAGCCUACAAUUGUUGCAAAAUUCUCUGAAGCUUCCUGUUCAAGUUGAAGAGCUUUGUUGUGAGCCCCAGGUCCUUAGCUCAUCAGAAGAGGAAGAGAAAGAGAAAGAGAAAAAGAGAGCUCCUGUAAAACGUCAAGAUCUUUCACCUUCACCGUCACCUUCCCCUCCACCUCCACCACAGCAAAAGAAAAAGCAUGACAAAGCCCACAGAAUUUUUGAUCAGAGUCUCAGAAAUCUGACCACCUCCCUCUUAGCUGCUAAGAAGAUCUUGCAGGAUGAAGGGUCAGGAUCUGAUGAGGAUGCCGUGAUUGUGGUCGACUCAUUUGAGCCCCAAGAGCUGAUGCUGAAAGUCCGAUGUCGAGCUGAUCUCUACAGAGUCUGUGUUCAAAUGACAGAUCCUCUUCGGCGAGUGGUUGAGCACAUGGCACAGAUCCUGAAGGUUCAUCCGAACAGAAUCCUUCUCCUGCAUCGAGAUUGUGAGCUUGCGGCUGAUGCUACUCCUGCUAAGUUGGGCCUUGGCGUUGCUGACAUCAUUGAUUGUAUAGUGGAGGCCAGUAGCAAAUGGGCUGAUGACUCUGGAAACCUGCUGCUCCGAGUACAAGGAAAAGACAAAAGUUCUACAAUGGAGAUUACUGUCCAGAAGGGGGAGCCCUUGGGAGCCCUUAUGAAUUACUACAGACAAGCUCAAGGUCUCGGCAGAUGCAAACUUGUCUUCCACUUUGAUGGGCAGCGUUUAGCAGAAACUCUGACCCCUGAACAAUUGGGGAUGGAGUCUGGUGAUGUUAUUGAAGUUUGGAACUAGCAUCGUGGCACCUCUUCAAAGGAUAUAUGCCUGGACUUUUUUUUGUGUGUGCUAUCUACCCACUCGGAGAGACUUACCCGUGUCCUGCUUUCCCUAAUUUAACUUUCACUGUGACUGAUGUCCGGAACCAAGUGGGAAGCAGCAGCCUAACUUGUAUAGGAAAUAAGCAUGGGACGCUUUCCAUUUCCCGGUAUGCGAUAUUUGGAAUAUUUAAUAAAGUCAAGCUUUGCUACUGGUCCUGUUGCUUGGAGACAAACUUUGUAAUGGAGUAAUGAUGGAUAUUAACAGAUCACUAUAUUUUCAAUAACUCUACUUCAUAUGAUGAUGAUGAUAAUAAUAUGGAUAAUAAUAAGAAUAACAAAGCAGUGCAAUCUCUAUAUUAUAUUUUCUUACUUACCUUUCCAUGGUAGUGACAAUUAGGUUUCCUAAGAAUACUCAGGUACAAUUAGAAAAUUGUAGACUUCUUCAUCUUUGCCAGAUUCUUCUGUAUAUCUGGCUUUUCUGUCUCAGAUACAUAGAAAUGUAUAUCCUAUCUAGGUGCCCUCUGUAUAUUUUGAAUUUCUCAUAAUCCCCAAGCAUGGUGAUUUGAAGUCCAACACAGCUGGAGAGUAUAUCAAGUCUCAUUGCGUAUAGCUCAUAUCCUAGUGACUCCAGGGGUAUACCCAUGUGUUUUUCUUGGCAGCAGUAUGGAAGUGGUUUACCAUUGUCUUAUGCUGAUUUUUUUUUUCCCAGUUUAGUCACUGAACCCUGGUAUUUUUUGGUAGAUUCCCAAAGAAAUGCUAAUCAGGCCUGACCAUACUUGGCUUGUCAAUAAAGUUGACUAGGUGCUAGCCUCCAACUAGGCAGGUGGAAAAUACUGAACUGGAAAAGAUAUGGUUGUGCUCAGUGUCUGUGCAUAGGGAUUGGUGUGGUGUUCUUCAAUAAAGCAGCUGACAUUUUUUAAAGAAAGGCAAA